GACGGGUAUAAAAGUAAGAGGAACUUCAGCUGGGCCAAGUACCGGAGCGAUCACGGACAGGAUCAGACACAAAUAUGGGCAGAAUCAUCUUCUACGAGGACAGGAACUUCCAGGGUCGCUCCUAUGAGACCAGCAGCGACUGUGCCGAGCUGACGUCCUACCUGAGCCGCUGUAACUCCUGCCGAGUGGAGAACGGCUGCUUCAUGGUCUACGAGCGUCCAAACUAUGUGGGCCACCAGAUGCUGGUGAGGAGGGGCGAGUACCCCGACAACCAGCGCCUGAUGGGAAUGAGCGUGGGCGACUGCAUCCGCUCCUGCCGCAUGAUCCCUAUGCACAGGGGACAGUUCAGGAUGAGGAUCUACGAGAGGGAGAACUUCGGAGGUCAGAUGCACGAGCUGCUGGACGACUGCGACUCCAUCCAGGAGCGCUACCGCAUGUCUGACUGUCAGUCCGCUCACGUGAUGGACGGCCACUGGCUGAUGUACGAGCAGCCGCAGUACAGAGGCAGGAUGACCUACCUGAGACCCGGAGAGUACAGGAGCUUCAGGGAGCUGGUCCUCGGUCCCAUGGAGAAGAGGAUCGGAUCCAUCAGGCGCAUCAUGGAAUCCUGUUAGACACAGCUGAGACAAGAAAGUGUGAUCAAUAAAUAUCAAUAAACAUUUCUUAUCCACAAAA